CAAUCCUACUCCUGGAGACCCACUGUCCUGUGAAUUUUAUUUUCAACCUGCUUCAGCACAGGAAAGCGUGUCCACAGUAGCAGGACUGAAGAUACUGUUGUAAUGUAGGAGAGUUUGAAUCCAACAACAUCUUGGGGAACAAGCACACUGGCCAACCAUAGCCUGGAAGGAAAAAGCUGACCCACCACAAAAUCUGAUCCUAAGCCCCCUCUGACACCUCACAAAUUUAGAGCACUCAAAGGCCUAUUACGAAAAUUGUUCUGGGUUCUGGGUAUCCUCAAAUGCUUUCGGACCAACGCAGAGGAACAGCCACGCCCACUUUGCUACAAGUAUAAGAGGCAGUAGAAAACUACAACUGGCAACUCUAUGAUAACUGAACGAUGGCCAACAAUAGUAGCAGUGUACUGGACAAACAAACAGACGACAACAUCUGUGCCACGGAAAAUGACGACAAUCAACCGAAAAUACCAGGCAUCCCUUUAUCCAGAAAACUGUGCUAUGCGAUCGGAGGAAUGCCUUAUCAAAUGACUGCAAAUGCCAAGGGCUUUUUCAUGCAAAUCUUUUUACUGGAUGUUGUGAAGAUGGGAGCUUUCUCUGCUUCCAUCAUUCUUUUUCUCGGUCGAGCUUGGGAUGCUAUUACGGAUCCUCUGAUUGGAUAUGCCGUGAGCAAGAGUGGCCGGACUAGAAUUGGCAAACUUAUUCCUUGGAUUGUGUUCUCAAUGCCACUUGGGGUCCUAUCAUACGUUAUGCUCUGGUAUACCCCACAGGACACCAUGUCCUCUGGCUUCAGUUUCGGCUGGUACUUCACAUGGUGCUCUCUGUUUGACACCUUCAUGAGUUGCUACCAUGUGCCAUAUUCUUCCCUAAACAUGUUUCUGGGGGGGAAUCAGAAGGAUCGUGAUUCAGCCACUGGUUACAGAAUGGGCAUGGAAGUGUUCGCUACACUGGCGGGAGCUGCCAUUCAGGGUCAGAUAGUGGGGGUGCACCAUGCCAAGAGGACAUACAUCUGCAGUUUACAGAACGACACGGAAAGCCCUUUUGGGAACCAGACUGAAUCACAGGAUGACAUAUCUGUAACUCUACAAAAUACAAGAAAAGCAUAUUUGACUGGAGCAUUAGUAUUGGGAAUGCUGUAUUUUCUGUGCUGCCUCGUCCUCGCUCUUGGUGUGAAGGAGCAGCUGGCUCCUCUGAGUAAACUGGACCGCAUAAAUGUCUCCUAUCUAACUGGAAUGAAGAUGGUGGUGGGACACACUCCAUAUGUGUGGCUUGUAUUUGGCUUCCUGUUUGCUUCACUAGCUUUCCAGAUGGCUCAGGGGAAUUUCGCCCUCUUCUGUACUCACGCAGCGAAUAUGGGAGCAUAUUUCCAGCAUCUUGUUCUUAUAUUACUGACAUCAGCUACAAUAUCCAUCCCGAUGUGGCAGACACUACUGGUAAAAAAAGGCAAGAAGACCACCAUAUUCAUCGGCCUAUCAGUUUAUAUCCCAGCUCUAAUUGUGAUAUCCCUAGUGAAAAAUAAUUUACCCAUCUUCAUUAUUAUGUCCAUGGUAGCUGGCACGAGCCUGGCAGCCCUGUAUCUACUCCCUUGGUCAAUGUUGCCUGAUGUAGUGGAUGACUUUAAAGUCAAGAACCCAUCAUGCCAGGAUCUAGAACCAUUGUUCUACUCCUGCUAUGUUUUUUUCAACAAACUCGGAGGAGGCAUGUCUGUUGGAGUCUCUACUUUGGUAUUAUAGUAAGAGCUUCCUCCAAUCAGAUUUUCACAUCUGUGCACCACAUCUUUUUUUGGAUCCCAUUACAGCUUCCUGUGAU